AUGUCUCAGUCUCAAAAACCCGACGUACAACCGCCACAUCAUGAGAGUUUUGUGGACAGACUAUUUGAACAUCAUGGCCAUCAGCACAAAGAUGAGGAAGAAGAAAAAGAUCAGUCCAAGUCCCAGCCCAAAGCUCCACAUGAGGAGAAUGAAAAAGAAAAGUACAUGAAUUGGUAUCAUGACGAGGAGAAAGAGGAAGCAGAGGGAGAAACGUAUAGUGGUCUGAUGUAA